AUGACAAGAAAGAAGGUAACCCUUGCCUACAUUACCAAUGUCUCUGAGAGAAAGGCUUCUUACAAGAAGGGAAAGAAGGGUUUGAUUAAGAAGGCGCAGUCCAUCCUCGCCCGCCUCCGCAAGCUCUCUAACAUGGACCAGAGCAGGAAAAUGGGGAACCAGAGGAGCUUCACGCGGCAGAGGAACAAGAAGGCGACGGAGUUGCACCGCCACCUCCAGAAGGAGAACAACUGCCGCGAGCUCGAGGCGUUCAUGUUUCGCUGCAUCACUGGCCAAGUCUCCAUCGACGACCUCAACCUCCCUGACGUCUGGAAAUGGGAUGGAUCAUCAACCAACGCUCAGGGAGAUCAAGGGCAGGAUGGUAUACUAUAA